UGCACUUUGAGUGUGCCUAAUGAAACAUGUUUGCUGUAACAUCUCCGUUGCUCAGCUGGACUUUACUGUCUGUCUCCCUCGUGGGGUUUACCUGUGCAGACCACAAAAACGUCACAGCUGAGUCUGGACACAACGUCAUUCUGACAUGUCGAGCUCCAAACAACAACAUAGUAGUAAAAUGGAGCAGAGCUGAUCUGGAGUCAGAAUAUGUUCUUUUGUACCGGGACGAUCUGUCUGUUCCAGACGACCAGCAUCCAUCAUAUAAGGACCGGGCGGAUCUACAGGACAGACAGAUGAAGGAUGGAGACGUGUCUCUGAUUCUGAACAAUGUGACGAUUAAUGACACUGGAACAUACGAGUGUCAUAUCUUUGUGAGAAAAACACGAUCAUGGAAACCCAUCAGCAUCAUCAGCCUGAUGUUUCUGUAUGAUGAGUGUCUGAUGUCUCUGUGGGAGUGGGGAUGGAGGGGUGAUGAGACGGUGUAG